AGAUAGAGGGAGGGAGGAAUAGAUAAAGGAAGGAAGGAAUAGAGGAAGGGAGGGAGGAAUAGAGGGAGGAAGGAACAGAGAGAGGAAGGAAGGAAUAGUUAGAGGAAGGAAGAGAGGAAUAGAUAGAGGGAGGGAGGAAGAGAGGAAGGACUAGAGGAAGGGAGGAGGGAGGAAAGAAGAAAAGGAAAGGGGGAGGGAGAAAAAGAAAAUAGACCCCCUCCCCCUUUUUGUGGAGGUCUAGCUUUGCUUGCUCUCCACACACCUAUUCCUAUAAGAAGUUGAGAUGGCCGGAGAAGAGCUUGAGAGAGGAUAAUUGCCUUCGAUCAGUAGAAAGGAAGGGCCAGGCAGGCAGUGGGAGCCCUUCUUUCCCCUCCAGCCCCGCUACCUGUUGUUGAGGCACUUGGGGAGGCGGGGGGCUGCUGUUCUCCCCCCUCCUUUUCCCAAGACCCUCCUCCUCCUCCUCGGGAGAAGUCUUCCUCCUCCUUCCUCCUCCUCCUCCUCCUCCUCCUGCUGCUGCUGCUGCUGCUCUUCUCCGGCGCGGGGAUGACCCUGUCCGGCAGCCUGAGCGCCAGCGACAUGUCCGGCCAGACGGUGCUGACGGCCGAGGACGUGGACAUCGACGUGGUGGGCGACGAGGGCGACGAGGCGUCGGCGGCGGAGGAGGGCCCGGACGGGGCGGUCGGCCUGCUGGAGGGUCCCCGGGUGCCCCUGCCCUUGCCCUUGCCCGCCUCGCAGGCGGAGGAGGAGGCGCCCGAGGCCAAGGAGCCCGGGGCCGAGGAGGGCGAGAAGGGCGCCGCCGGCGAGGAAGGGGCCAGCUCGGCUUCCUCUUCCUCUUCCUCCUCCUCCUCUUCGUCUUCCUCUUCGGCGGCCUCGUCGAAGCCCAAGAGCAGCCUGGUGAAGCCGCCCUACUCGUACAUCGCGCUGAUCACGAUGGCCAUCCUGCAGAGCCCGCAGAAGAAGCUGACGCUGAGCGGGAUCUGCGAGUUCAUCAGCGGGCGCUUCCCGUACUACCGGGAGAAGUUCCCGGCCUGGCAGAACUCCAUCCGGCACAACCUCUCGCUCAACGACUGCUUCGUCAAGAUCCCCCGCGAGCCGGGCAACCCGGGCAAGGGCAACUACUGGACCCUGGACCCGCAGUCCGAGGACAUGUUCGACAACGGCUCCUUCCUCCGCCGACGGAAGCGCUUCAAGCGGCACCAGCAGGAGCAGCUCCGCGAGCAGACCGCGCUCAUGAUGCACAGCUUCGGCGCCUACAGCCUGGCCGCCGCCGCCGCCGCCGUGGCCGGGGCCGGGGGAGGGGGCUCUCCCUACGGGCGGGCCUACGGGCUGCCCCACGGCGCCUACCCGCACCCGGCCGCCGUGCCUUACCCCUACAUCCCGCCCGUGGGGCCCAUGCUGCCGCCCGCCGUGCCCCUCCUGCCCGCCUCCGGGGCCGAGCUCAGCCGCAAGGCCUUCAACGCCCAGCUCGGCAUCCAGCUCAGCGGGCUCGGCGCCGCCGGGGCCGGGCCCAUCAAGGCCGAGCCCUCCGCCUCCAGCCGGCCCUCCUUCAGCAUCGAGAACAUCAUCGGCGGCGUCGGGGUCGCCGCAGCCGCCGCCGCAGCCGCCGCCAGCUCUUCCUCCACUUCCGCUUCCUCUUCCUCCUCCAUCAGCCAGACUUUCCUGCGGCCGCCGGUGAGCGUCCAGUCGAGCCUGCUCGCCCACCAGCCGCUCUCGCUGUCCCGCAGCACGGCGGCCAUCGGGCCCCUGCUCUCCGUGCCCACGAACCUGCUCUCGGGACAGUUCCUGCCGCCCUCCGCCGCCAAGUGGCCCGCCCAGUAGGCCCAGUAGCCCCCGUCUCCCUUCCUCCCUCCCUCCUUCCCUUUGAUUGACUCAUGGCCGGAAAGACCUUGUCCUCCAGGAGAGGGACGCCUUUGUUCUUUCCUGGGACUCCAAACAAUAUAUAUAAAUAGAUAUAUAUAUGUCAACAGACAACAGCCUCACUUUGGGACUUGAAAGAACUUCUCAGGCCCUGGCCACUGCUCUGCAGGCGCUCCCUCUGAGGAGACCCUGCUCCGAGACCCGGAUAGUGAGGACAACAAACCACAGGGAAAUAAAUCCUCUCCAAGAUGGACACUUAAUGCAGUUUCGAACUGUUGCUGAAGGAAGUGUGUUUCCCGGCUCUGCAGGUGGAUCCAUAGUUUGGAGGCGUGGACAACAAACUGCAUUCAGUGCGGUGGGAAGCUGGAUCUACACUGCCAUACAAUCCAGAUUAUCUGGAUUAUAUGUACAUUAGUUUACACUGGAGGGUGGCCAUCGUGGUGAGCACGAUGUAGGAUUUUAUAUGGCGGUGUAGAUCCAGAGUUUGUUGCCUGGCCGCGGGCGGUUUGGAGCUAGCUUGAAACUGCAUUAAAUAGUAAAUGUAGACGGGGAUAAUAAUAAUGCCACAAUUCUUCUCACUCUCUCUCACACAUACACACAGAAUGCUCUCUGGGCCCUUCCACACAGCCAUAUAACCCAGAAUAUCUAGGCAGAAAAUCCCACAAUAUGUGCUUUGAACUGGGUUAUCUGAGUCCACACUGCUAUAUAUUCCAGUUCAAAGCAGAUAAUGUGGGAUUUUGUUCAGCUGCGUGGAAUGGGGCCUCUUUCUAUGUCUCUGUGCAAGUCAAGCUAAAAACAGAAAUUUCCUCAUUUGGGUCAGGAAGGGGAAACGCUGGGCUUCCUUCCUUUUCCGGGUUUUAUUUUGUGGAGAAAAAUAAGGAAGGGAAAGAAAAGGAAAAGAAGUAUCGCAAAGAGGCAUUUUGACCAUUUAAUGCAGUUUCAAGAAAGUGGGGGGUUGUUGUUUUUUUUACACGGCUGAAUAAAAUCCCACAUUAUCUGAUUUGAACUGGAAUAUAUGGUAGUGUGGACUCAGAUAACCCAGGGCCCUUCCACACAGCCCUAUAUCCCAGAAUAUCAAGGUAGGAAAUCCCACAUUAUCUGAGUGUGGACUCAGAUAACCCAGUUCAAAGCAGAUAUUGUGGAAUUUUCUGCCUUGAUAUUCUGGGAUAUAGGGCUGUGUGGAAGGGCCCUGGGUUCCCAGAGUCCACACUACCAUAUAUUCCAGUUCAAAGCAGAUAUCGUGGGAUUUUCUGCCUUGAUAUUCUGGUUUAUAUGGUUGUCUGGAAGGGCCUUAAAAUGAUUCCAUGGAAAUCCAGGUCUGAGACCCGGAUGGCGACUGCAGAGCACUGACGCGCGUUAUGUAAGG